CUUCUCGUUGUCAUUGGCAGCCUGCGCUGGGUCAUCAAUACCGACGUCAGACGAGGCCCUUGGUUCUCAGCUUCUUACUACGAGCGACUGCUUCUACAAACACUUGCCUCCUCAAGUAAGCUUCCCUGACAGAAUUGAAGCGAUCGACCGCGGCCGAAGAAUACUGUUACAUCAUGUCGAACGAUCUGAAGGAAGAGAACACGCCCGACCUCAAGGUCGACGAGAGUCCCAUCUCACCCCUCGAGCGCCGCAAUUCCCUCGAGAAACACUUGCAGAUGCGACCAGAGGCCCAGGAUCUGAAGAACAGACACAUCCUGCUCGACACAAACGCUGCUCCGUCCCUCCAAGCCAAGCAGCUGGAACUUGAGCGUCAACAACACUAUGACAGCCUGAAGAAGAACCUCGAGAAGCGGCCGGAUCGUGAGGAGUUGGUCGAGAGAAACAUUCUCCCCGAUUCCACGGCGGCCCCCGCCCUACAAGCCAGCCAACGCAGUCUCGAGAAGCACAUGCGAGCCGAUAGCCUCGAACAGAAGAUACAGCAGAGACCCAAGCCGGAACAGUUGGUCAAAGAGGGUAUCCUGGAAGCAGAUGAGAAUCCGGUCAAGGAAUAAACAAGCGAUAUAUCUGUUGUCUUUGGCUCAGACAUGAUGUGAUGUGGUGGCAUCGGCAAGGUUGAUGGCAAACAGACAAACAAAUGCUUCAGUAGCUCAUAAUAUAGCCCAGCAUUUGGAACUUGCCAAUCCCUUUUGCAUGAACAGCGCUGUGACAUAUUUUCGCGGUCCGGAAUUGCCUCCCCAGUGCCGAAACUGAGGGCGUUAACCAGCACUUCCCUCUGCACAGGACACCAUGUAUCCUUCCUCUGACCGAACACGCGGCAUCUCGCAGAACUCUUUUCUCGUCAUGGACAUCAACACUCUCGGAUACCUUCAGGUGAGCAGCAUCAGGACCAAGGUUAAUAACUCUCAACCUCGGGCCUCUCUCUAUCCUUAUCCUCCCCAAGGUCCGGCCUCCACCCCUUCGGCCUCUCCUUGCCUCUGACGAUCAUACUAUACACACCAUUCU